CCGAUCAAUGGAUCGUUUAUUACGUAAGUAGAACUAAAAAUCUGUUGGCAAUAGACCGGUUGCAAAAGAAUCAUGAUACUUUUCCGCAUGACCUCUUCGAACAUCGUUCGCAGGGCAGGUCCGACGACGCAGUUACGGGCGCAGAGCUCGGGAAUUUCCGUUUCCCAACAGCGAGACUCCGCAUUGACGGCAUGGAGAGAGUGCGAGUCUGAGACUCAGGUCGACAAUCGGCGUGUGAAGCAAGCACAGGGUGUCCAGUGGUUCGUACGUCUAGCACAGAGCGCGGCUCCGGAAUUCGAGGUGUACGAGCUGCCACGGUAUUCUCUGUUUCCGCUUUUGAUUCGGAGGCGCGACAAGGAGUUCCUAACACCCUUCGACGGCAUGUGGAGUCCGAUUCAGAUCCGAUCCACAAUGAUUUCUCAGCGCCACUCGGUUGUGGAGCAGCUCAAAUCUGGCUUGCAGGCAAAAUCGGGCGGAUGGUAUUACAUACGGAACCGGUCGUUUGCAACCCACCCGCAGGUUCCGUGUGUAGUAAUGUCUCCUAUCUCGAGUUCCUGUUUCGUCUUCUCGGGCGCAGAAAGCGGACCAUCACUGAAUACAAAGCCAGGCUGUGAAUUCGAAAUU